GUUUGCCACCGGCGGCAUACAUGGGGACACAGGCAGCACUGAGGAGGAACUGAGAAUGAAUGACCGAGUUCAAACAAAGUGGUCGUGAGUUUCUGUUGGGAAAGCAUCAAGAUCUGCAGCAAACUGUGCAGGAUUGCCUUCAUCUCCAAAAUCCGGGUUGCAGCCGGUGAUUGGCAGGAGGAGGAGAGUCUGACGGAGGAGCAGAGGAAUGUUGGCAGCCAUUUAGUCUGAGCUCAACAACGGAGGAAACAUGGAUUCUUCACAAAAAAAAUGUAAACACAGCAAUGGAGUGAGAUGUCGGACCUCUGAGAAGGAUAAGGAUGGUUCAGCAACAACAGCAAAAAGAGAUGAAUCACUCAGUUGUGAGCAAUGUGGCAAGACUUUUAUCACAGCAACAAAGCUCAGAAUUCACAAACGUAUUCACACUGUGGAGAAACCAUUCAGCUGUGAUCAGUGUGGAAAGGCUUUUACUCAGAAGUGGAGCUUAAAAAGACAUCAACUCAUUCACAGUGGAGUUAAAACAUUCAGCUGUGAUCAGUGUGGAAAGGCUUUUAAUCAGAAGAGUCAUCUGGCAAAUCAUCAACUCAUUCACAGUGGAGUGAAAUUGUUCAGCUGUGAUCAGUGUGAGAAGUCUUUUACACACAAGCGUGCGUUAAAAAGACAUCAACUAAUGCACAGUGAAGUUAAACCAUUCAGCUGUGAUCAAUGUGGAAAGGCUUUUACUCUGAAGAGUCAGUUAAAAAGUCAUCAACUCAUGCACAGUGAAGUUAAACCAUUCAGCUGUGAUCAAUGUGGAAAGGCUUUUACUCUGAAGAGUCAGUUAAAAAGCCAUCAACUCAUGCACAGUGGAGUUAAACCAUUCAGCUGUGAUCAAUGUGGAAAGGCUUUUACUCUGAAGAGUCAGUUAAAAAGUCAUCAACUUAUGCACAGUGGAGUUAAACCAUUCAGCUGUGAUCAGUGUGGAAAGGCUUUUAUUUACAAGAGUUACUUAAAAAGUCAUCAACUCAUUCACAGUGGAGUUAAACCAUUCAGCUGUGAUCAGUGUGGAAAGGCUUUUAUUUACAAGAGUUACUUAAAAAGUCAUCAACUCAUUCACAGUGGAGUUAAACCAUUCAGCUGUGAUCAGUGUGUGAAAACCUUUACUCAACAUGAACAGUUGUUGAUCCAUCAAUGCCCCCAUUCUGGUAGAAAGCGGUACCACUGUGACUCCUGUGAAAAAACUUUCAAGCACCAACAGAGCUUAAAAUGUCACCAACGCAUCCACACUGGCCAUGAUGUGUGGAUAUGUGAUCACUGUGGCAAACUAUUUGUAAUGUACUCACAGUUAAAAGCUCAUGAAGUGACCCACACUGGGGUUAAACCAUACGUUUGUCACCAGUGUGGGAAACGCUACAGCUACAAUGCAAAACUCAAAAUUCACCAACGUGUCCACACUGGGGAGAGACCAUACAGAUGUGAUGAGUGUAAGAAGACUUUUACAACUUUGGGUUCCCUGAAACGACACCAGCAGAUCCACACCAGAAAGAAAGCAUUCAAUCAGUGUCACAGUGAGAACAGAACAGAUGGACAACACCCUCAGACUUGUCAGCACUCUUCCAAUGGUGAACAGUGCUGCUUUGACCAGUCUGGACCAACGUCCAACCAACAAGGAACCCUACAACGACACCAGCGUAUGCACACUGGACACAGACUGAACCCCUGCCAAGAAGAUUUGUCCAUGCAGGGUUCAGUAAAAGUUCAUGAAGUCCUCCACAAACUUAAAGUCCUUGAGAUCCGGCUUCACAGAAUUCAGGUCUAAUUUCUUGUUUAGUGUCUUCAUUGCUUCGUUGCAAAAUCCAUUAAGAGGAAAGCUGUCGUUGACAGACGUGACUGGUAAAUUAAUGAAACCAUUCAAAGUGGUUACUCAGUUAAAUGCAGGGCUUAAAGUUUUCCGGCGCAUGGAAAUGUACCAUUUAAAAAAAUUCAUCCAUCUCCGUCCCGAAGGCUCCAAGCAUGUGCGUCAUUGUGCAUUCAGUUGCUCUGCUUUAAUCAAUCAAACUCCAAAUCCUACAUUAAAAAAUAUAAACCCUCUGUCCAGGCAUGCGACUUUCUGAUAGAACUUUUAUCCAAUUACAGUUUUCUAACUGCGAGUGCGCAUCGACUGCUGAGUGCACGAUGUGCUGCACCCUUUUGGUUCGGCAUCGUCAGUGCUGCUGAGCCACUGAUAAGAAAUAACAGUAUCCCACAAACAAAAUCCAAAUGUGCAAUAUUUGUUGGUGUUUUUUGUAAUUAUAUUUAAAGGGAAUUACUGGAAACACAUUGAUAUAUAUUGCAUAUUAUUUAUUUUAUUUCUGCUUGGACUGUAGACCCAUUCCACGUGUCCCAGCCCUGUGGCUGCCUGGUCUCUCCAGAGCGCACGGAGCUCCAAUCUGUGAGUGGUGCGGUGAAGAAUCGAGCAGCUGAUCACUGGUCAAUAGCGUUGGAGCUUGUGUUUAGCUCAAAGACGCAGAUACUAAAGUUUGCUCAGACUUUGUGUGACAGAGGAGAGAGGAUGUGUCUCUGCUGAUUAACAAAGAGAGCAGCCGCUGCCGCUAUCCCUGAGCCGCGGUGUGUUGACUCGCCCCAUUGGCGUAAGUGCGUCAGUGGCGAUGCGCGUGCAUGUCCCACAGUCCCCAUGGUUUCGCCACAAAAUAAAAACAAACGGGCUUAGAUAUUGAAUUUUAAAAAGUAACAAAAACAGAAGGUGUUGAUUUUGUUUGAUUUCUUAAUCUUUCAACAUUUUCUAUGUGUUUUACAACAGCAAAAGGAAAAAAGGAAACAUUUAUUUAGUUUGCUGGAUUUUAUUUUGAAAGGAAAAAAAAUCAAAGAUCAAGCCAUACGGAUUUGUCCCAUUAUUCUACUCAGAACAUCUGUUUAGUUAAAUAUGCACAAACUGAAUGUAGCUUAGGUGAUAUGAACCUUUUUUAUUUGAGGACAUAUAGGAUGUUUGUAAUGAGUUAAAUAGCUCUCAGCAGAUUUUGUGACCUUAUGCAUCUGAAUGAUGUCUAGCCACAAACAAAAACUCUCCAAUCUUAAGUAAAUAUUAUUAGUCAGAACAGAACGAACGUAUGGGUUGUGUGAAAUGAAUAAUGGAUAGAUAGUUAAAUAAGAAUGUUCUUAGCCUGCUUUUCACCGUUUUUCUUUCCAAAAUAUAGAUAAAAAAAUAGAAACAACAUUUAAAUUGAAAGCCAACUGAACAAAUUAUACAGUGAAUACAUUUUUUUCCCUUACCAAAAACAAACAAAAUGUGUGUCAGUUCAAAUUGAAAAUCAAAUGAUUUAAACUAAUCACACAGAUUAUUGAGGUGUAUCAAAUGAGCAGUUACUAACAUGUAUGUGUGGUUAUGUGCUACAGAGGGCUUCUUAAUCAGAUCUUCUGACUCCAGAGGAAAAGGCCAGAGUAGAAGUUCUUCAGCAUGAGCAGUCCAUUGCUGCCAGGACCCAGAUAAACCAGAUCAGGAAGGCCCGGACUUCUUUGCUAGUUACAGAGUUUGAGAGUCAGCAUCAUGAUCAGCUUAUUCAGAGGUAUCUUAUAUUGUGAGGCAAUAACUAAAAUUGCAUUUAAGAGUUAAUACUAGUACUUUUAUUACCUGCUGAAAUACAAAGUUGGUAUAGCAAGUGACAUAUGACAGUUUAUUCUCUUGUAGUGUUCCAGAGAAUAUUAAAUUUUUUCAAACAGUAUUCUCCAAGCACUUAUAUUCUCUUGAGACUGACACUUGAGAUAAUGUUGUAAGUAAAAAUUGUGCCUUAUGAAGGAAAGCAGCAGUUUUGUAGCAGUUUUGUUGUGGUUGGUGUUGUUUUGAGUUCUUGUUAAAUCUACUGAAGAGAUAAAAAUUAUUAAUAAUGCAUGUACUUGGUUUUCAUGAUUUUUCCCCUUUACACUAAAAUAAAUCUUUGCAAUUAUAGUGAUGUGGUAUUGAAAGAUUAACACAAAAAAAAUCUGACUUUUGGCACUUUCUAAAAUGUCUUAAGUUUUGGCCAAGUAAGGUUUUACAUUUGAGCAACAACAAAAUAGUGGGAUCAUAAUGGGCAUCAUUUCCACCAGAUGACCUCAUAUUUGCUCUGAAUUAAUAGAAUCUCAUAUAUAUUGUGUUUUAGUGAGUUUUAAAAUACAUUUAAAUACGUUUAUUGACACUAUAAAUUGGAUCUUAGAAGUUCAGGCUGAGGAUUUUUUCUCACUUUAAGCCCUGAUUUAAUUUCUGAUUCCUUUGUUCUUGAUUUGAUAAACUUUGCGUACAGGUUGUUCUUCUUUUUGCAAGCCUUUUUUAAGCCUGUGGUUAACCAUGGGCAAUCUUUGUAUCUAUUCUUCUUCUUAUCAUUUAUAAUAGGACAGUAUUUAUUAAAUGACAUAAUGAAUAUUUCUAAAAAGUUCUCAUAUGCACUGUCGGCAUUUUCUUCAUUGUACACUGAACUCCAGUCCUGUUCCAACAGGGCGUUGAACAGCUCAUUAGUUGUUUGUUCAGUCUGUAAAUGCUUCUGGCUAGCUAUCUUGAAUUUUGUUUUUUCCUACAUUUCCAGUCUUUUAUCGUGAACACAGGUAAGUGGUCUGAUAUGUCACAGAUCAGCAAUCCAUUUGUGCAUCCAUAUUGAGUGUCAUUGGUAAAAAUAUUAUCGAUUAAAGUAGCACUGCUGCUUGUUAUUCUACUGGGUUUUGUAAUAGACGGAAAAAAGCUCAUACUAUUGUGGGAAAUGGUGUGUUUUAUAAUUGCUCAGUGUGCAUAUUAAAGAGUUGUAUUGGUUCUGAGGAAUAGGAAGGUCAAGAGCAUCAUUACCAUGGUGUGACUGUAAUGAAACAAAGAAGAUAAGUCCAGCUUUAUUUUACUUAUUACUCAUGUGAUUGAAACCAAGGAUGAUCAAGACAUAAAGUGAUUGAUAAUCAAAGUACAGACAGUUUUUGAUAAUAAAGGUACAGAUAGUUUUUGACGUAAGCUGUAAUCAGUAAAGAACAUGAGCUUGUUGUGUGUGCAGUCUCUAAUCUUGCUUUGCAGAAGCGAAGUCAUUCCUACGUGAGCGUAAUGACAAAACAUCUGCUGUGACAGAGGACAGCGGAACAACGCAGCAUCGGAAGGGGCGGCCGGCCUUGAUCGAUAGCUAUACACACUGUUAGAGUAUAAGAAGACUGGGUCAGGAACAGUUAGCAGUCUGAUUCCAUCCGAACUGACUGAACACUUAUUGUCGGUUAGGGACAGAGGAUUCAGGCCCAGAGCUCUGUAUCGCACAUUCAAUUUUGCUGUAAUAAAUACUUUUGAUUUUAAGAAGAAGUCUCCUGACUACUCCAUCAAAAGAACUGGGCGGAAACAGCCUUACACAUAUUUUGUUGGUUUGUUUAAUUGUAGGAUAGGCUGAUUUCCAACAAUUUGGUGCCGUGACCCGGAUGGAGAAGGAGAAUUGACAAUAGACGUACAUUUGAACAAACAACGGACAUACAAAGGACUUUUUGACAACUUGGGCGCCCUAUAAAAGGUAAGCAGACGCCUGUUGACAUCAAAGUCUGCUAUUGGCUAUUCCAAAACUGUUGUCAGAAUUCCUCCUGUGUGUUCUAGUAUACAAAAUUGAAUGUGCUUCUGGAAGAAAUGAAAAUGAUGAAGAAGUGCUAAGGUUAAUGGAAAUAAAAAGGAUGAAAAUGAUGAAGAAGCGCUAAGGUUAAUGGAAAUGGAAAAAGUCACUGAUCCACAGAGGAUAGAAUAUCUGGCUGGAUACUCUGUUCUGGGUUAGAAAACCCGGGGGGUUUAGGAGUCCCUCCAAAAGGUGGAUAGAGCAGAGGGCCUAUUCUGCAACCCUAAGUGUAAUGUAAUCCCUGUUAGGCAACAGUUUCUUAGGCUGGCAAAUAGCCUGGACGGUUUGGUAUAAGCCUGGAUCGCUGACGAGUGGUUGAAAAUACUGGGUUUAGAAGCCCUGAGGACGUAGUUCACCUCUAAAAGCUUGAAAAUAAAAAUAUAAAAAGACAAAAAACAGUGAUGAAAGCCAGUGACUAAAAAAGUGAAUGAAAUGGACAACCGGUUUUUAUGUGUUGUUGUGUCUUGUGGAAUCUCACUGAGACAACGUGAACGGUACUGCCUAGUGUAACUGCGUCUCAGAGAGUGUGAAAGAGAGUGUGAAUGAGGAGCUCAUGUAUAACUGGAAUGAAAAGUAACUGAAUCAGCGGACAGCCUGAAACCUAACGGUGUAAACAUAAAGCUGUUGUCAGUUGAAGUAGGUUACUGAGUCAUUCAUUAGGUUCUAGGUGGGAUUUGACAGUAACUCUAAAACGAUUCUCAGUCCUGGGAUUAGAACCCCCAGCAGAAAUCCGGAAAACAACAGUGUAUUCUAGAAGCUUGAUUUCUGAGGACUCUGAAUUGGCUCAAGAAGCAUUGAUACUGGUCAAACACACCCUGUAGUACACAUUCUGAUCAAACAUGGAGGAAGAAGAACAAAAAAAGGGCAUUUAUUCCUUAGAAAAACAGUGGGAAGUAGCUGUAACUCAAUUAUUCAGCGGAGAAAAAAACAAAAGACAGAAAAAAGAAAAGAUUGUUUGAUGACACAAAAUUCAAAGAACUAAAAGAAUCAGGACUAAUUUUAGAUGACAAAGACCCACUGCUGUGGAAACAAUUAUCAAACUUAGAGAAUGACAUAAUCAAAGAUGGACAGCGAAAGAUGUAAAAGACUGGUUGAUGAUGAAAAGAGAACGUUGUUGAAGGCUGAAGAGAUUAAUUGAGACCUGAGGGAUAAAGUGUGUUUUGGCUCAUAAAUGGAAAGAUGGUAAAAAUCAAGUGAGUGUAACUGAUGGUAAAAAGUACGUAGGGGAAGGGAGAUGAGAAAGGUUUUCGUAUGUGUGCACAAAAUGUUGUUGUUGUUGAGAUGGAAAGAAAAGAGAAAGGGGCAACUUGUUUGCCAUGAACUUUAUGUAAUUAAAAGAACAAUAAAGAUCUGUGUAAGAUUUGAAACUAAAAAAAAAAAAAGAGAGAAAAACAAGCAUUGAACGACCGUAUUACCCGGACCUUCGCUCAAAGAGCUGAUUAUAGUGAAAUAGGACAGACUAAACAACAAGACGGAAAAUCAACAAAGGACUUUAAAGUAAGACUGGAGGCUGUGUUUGCGAGACACAGUGGACUGACAGACGACAGACAAGGGAGCGAACUUUUCCAACAACACCUGAAGACUGUUUUUAUAAAUAAUCUCCGGCCAGGGCUGAAAAACUGGUUGACUAAACAUAAUGUAGCCCUCCCCACUCAAACCCUCACACAGGCCAUGAAUUGGGUAAAACAUGCUGAGACAGUAAUCGUAAAAGGAACAGAAAAGAAGACAAGUCAGCUAGCGUCUUCUAUCAAAAUGAUAACAAACAAAACUGUGAGGUGCAAAUGAGACCUGUGGCAUGUUGCUCAAAAAAAAAAAAAUUAGAUCCAGUAGUAAUUGUAUACAGGCAGUUAUAGUAGCAGCAGCAGCAGCAGUACACGCAUCUGCUGAUGUGGGAUUAUUUCUGCCUUUUCAGCUUCUUUAAAAAAAACAAACCAAAAAAAAAAAACACAGAAGAUACACAAAACAUUUAUCAUUUCUUCAGGGCCUGUGAAGAAAUGCUCUUCUGUGUUACAGAGAUGAAUUAUCAGUAGAGGUUUAACCUCCAAGAUCAAUUGUAAAAUGUAUUACUGUUAGGAAUGGUGGAUGUGGAGAACCCAGACGCAGACAUCACUGAGAGAACGCUAGGCAUAAUUAAAAGAAUUUAUUGAACUAAAUCAAAGAAACCUUUACAAACUGAAAGCGAGACUGAGUGGACAAAAAACUAAACUAGACAAAGGCAAAAUGGCAGACUAAGAAGGGUGGACAGAAACUAACACAGGAGGAACAAACAGGCUUAGACAAAAGCAACAAACAACAGAAUCUAAAAGGAUAAAUUCAGACAAGAAGACUAAAGGUGGAAGAAGGGACAAAGAGGCAGCAAAAGGGCAGAAUCCUGACAAUUACAAUUCAUUUAGUACAACAUUGUCUCCAUUCAGUCAAAUUAAACCAGCUUCUAAAUUGAAUACUAGCUGCAAUAACUUGAUAAUGUAACUCCUAUUAUGUGUUGGUAACUUUAGAUUUAAAACCUAGAUAUCAGUUUGUCUUUCGACACAGUUGCACUUAAUAUAGACUAUGGUUUUAGACACUAAAAAUGAUGUUAUUGUGUUUAUAAAAAACUUUCUUACAAAAAGCAGAGAAACAUGAAUUGAAUUCACAGUAUCUGCACUACAUGUGCCUUUCUUCCAUUUAAACUUGUUUCUUACCUGUAAUCUGAAUUCAGGAUGUUGUCGUUCAGUAUAGCCUUCUUUAACCCUUGCCUCAGGUUAAAUCAGGACCAGCUCUCCGUUUAAAGGGUUAGAUUCUAUCUGCCUAUUAGUAUUCCACCUAACAGGUUUCAGCAGAAUAAUUAAGCUGGUGUCGAGGAAUACUCGCCUAGGUCCUAACUGUCUUCUUCCAAACGUCUUACCCCUCUUACUCCAAUAAAUACUCUCUUACUAAGCAGCCCA